GCCAAUCUCACAAUUGCAAAAUAAAGGACAGGAUUCACCUCCCGACAGCCUCUUAAUUAAAAAAAAAAUUUGAAAAAAAGAAAAGAAAACAUAAUGGAAGCAAUGGCCCCUACCAAGCUUGGCUUCUACCUUCUCCUCCUUCUCCGGCUGGCCUCCACAAUUAAUGCCGACGACUUUUGCGUAGCAAAACCAGGCGUUAGCGAACAAACUUUGCAAGCAAACAUAAACUAUGCGUGCGCUCAACAAGGCGUAGAUUGUUCGCCAAUUCAACCAGGUGGUUCUUGCUUCACCAGCGAUCUCAUCACUCGGGCCUCCUACGCUAUGACCACUUACUACAAUGUCUUCCGUUCACAGGGUGGUACUUGUGAUUUCACUCAAUCGGCACAACUCACCUCCACUGAUCCAAGUAAAGGCUCGUGCAGUUUUGGUCCGAAAGGAUAUGGUUCGUCGAAUCCACCGGCAGCUGGAUCAGGUGCACCAACUACACCUGCUCCAGGAGGAGGCAAAGGCAAAGGCAAAGGCCGAGGCAUGAAGUGGUGCGUAGCCAAGCACCAGGCUAGCCAACAAGACUUGCAAGCGAACUUAAACUACGUGUGUGCUAAUCAGGGCGUGGACUGCAGCCCGAUACAGCCCGGUGGUGCUUGCUAUGAUGCUGAUAUCAGGGCACGGGCGUCCUACGCCAUGAAUUCUUACUAUCAGCUUAAGGGUCGUAGGGACUUCAACUGUGAUUUCUCUGGAACCGGACUCAUCACAAUCAGCGACCCAAGUCACGGAGGAUGCAACUAUAUCCAGGCUGGUGGCCAUGGACCAUCUGGACCAACACCAACACCAACCCAACCAAGCACACCCGCUCAACCAUCUACCGGAGGUAAUGGACAGUGGUGCGUACCAAAACAAGAGGCAACCGACCAGGUUUUGCAGCAAAACAUAAACUGGUUGUGCGGCACCCAUAAGGUGAAUUGUGACGACGUAUUGGGUGGUGGUAAAUGCUGGGCGCGAGCAAUCCGGCCACGGGCAUCCUACCUCAUGGAUCUUUACUACACGCAGAACGGCCGCAACAAUUACGACUGUGAUUUCGUUGGAACCGCUCAAGUCACCAACAUCAACCCAAGCUGGGGCAGUUGUGUUUACGGCUCUUGAAAAUCGAAGGAGAAGCAAACAAGGAGAGUGUGUUGAGCAUAUUUUUUUUCUCUUUUUUCUACAUUGUAUAUAUUUUAGUUAAUGGCAUAAGAUGGGCUCCAUCAAUGUAAGCACUGUCUUGACGUAGUCCUUUGAAAUAAAAAGUUUCUCAACAAAAAAAAAAAUCUGAAUUUAGUACAUUUGUUUCAUAUA